CCCGAUGCAGUCACACCGCGAAAAAAAAGAACGUGCCUUAUCUAUUGCACGCGAUUGACAAUUGACAGCGCGGGAAUUAGUAUGUGACGUUUUUUUUUCAGCGAACACAGUUUAACGUGAUUUAUGUAGAUUAGUGUACAUUGGUGUUAAAUAAGAUUAUAUCGUUAGUAGACGUGAAAUAUUUUGUCGUUGAUUAUUUGUUUUUAACUGUGCCAUUACUAAAUAAUCACUUGCAAUUAAUUUCGUAUUAGAAGACAUUAGUGGUGUGCUAGAUUUGUUUGGUGUUUCUCGAGUUAUGUUUUGUGCUUCAAAAUGAAGGAUUUAUCAGAAUUCUGGAGUCGUGUAACUGGUCGGCGUUAUUCUGCUGUGAAUACAGAGAGAGAAUUGAGAGACUUUUCAAAUAAUAGACUAAAGAACUUUGACACGAAUUUCGAGGCGAACUUUUCUGAAUGCGAGGGUUUAAAUAAAUUAACAGAUGAUUUGGACUUCACUGAACAAAAGAAUGCAAUUAUUAACAGGCUAUUCGUUAAGCGGAAAAAAGGACAAUUCGCGAGACAACCAAAACGGCUGUUCGUGCUGUUAAUGAUUGGAUUCCUUUGUCUGGGCAUCGGGAUUUUCAUUGCACUGGUGAAGCCUUAUGAUAUGCUCUUCCGAUGGAAAAUAGUCUUCCGAGAGGGUGGCGAGAUCUUUGAAAUGUGGAGGAAACCGGAGGUGGAGCUUUAUUUGAGAGUGUAUCUCUUUAAUAUCACAAAUGCUGAAGACUACAUGGCCGGGAAGGACUCCAAGCUCAAGUUGAAAGAAGUCGGACCAUUUGUAUACAGGGAACAUUUAGAACAUAGGAUCACAAAAUUCAAUGAGAAUGGCACUCUGUCAGCAAUACCGAAGCAUCCGUUGACUUGGGUUGAAGAACUGUCUGAAGGGAACAAAGAAGAUGACAUUCUGUAUCUACCUCAUAUUGCGUUACUGAGCAUAGCAAAUGUAGUUGCACCACAGAGUUUCGUGACACGUUUUGGCCUGAACAAUCUCAUAGGUCUUACAAACAGCCAACCUCUUGCCAAAAUGACAGCCAGGCAGUUCAUGAUGGGCUAUGAGUCUGAUCUGAUGACGUUUGGAAACACCUUUAUGCCCGGCUGGAUAUAUUUCGAUAAGCUUGGACUGAUUGAUCGGAUGUACGAUUUUAAUGGCGACUACGAAACCAUAUACACAGGUCAAAAAGACCAGGCCCUAUCGGGUCUAAUAGACACAUAUAGAGGUUCAACAGAACUUUCACAGUGGCAGGAAAAACACUGCUCCAACGUGCAUUUAGCUUCUGAUGGUGCGAAGUUCCGGAGUGGUCUAUCGAAGAAUGAUUCAUUGCUUUUCUUUAGGAAAAGCAUGUGCAGAGCAGCGCCGCUGUAUCCCGUGAAAGAUGGUGUGAAAAAUGGCCUUGAAGGUCGUUUAUAUACAUUCCCGGAACAUAUGCUCGAUAAUGGGAAAUAUAUCAAAGAAAAUAAAUGUUUCUGUAGAAAUGGAAAAUGUUUACCAGAAGGUCUGUUAGAUGUCACCGAUUGCUACUACGGGUUUCCAAUAGCUUUGUCCUACCCGCAUUUCUACAAGGGUGAUGACGUUUUGUUUAAUAAAAUCGAGGGCCUUACACCUAAUCAAGAACUUCAUGAGACUAGGUUUUGGGUUCAGCCGGAAUCAGGACUUCCUUUAGACGUCAGUGCAAAAUUCCAAAUUAACAUGGCACUGGAUGACAUAUCAAAUAUGAAAAAUACUGAGAAGUUUGCCAACAUAUACUUACCGCUUUUGUGGUUUGAUAUUAGACUAUUUGAAUUACCUACCUCAAUGGAAACGCGUUUUAAGCUGUACCUCAAUAUAUUACCCGUUGUAGAGAGGUGUGCCAUGUACAUUGGAUUUAUCAUCGGAUCAGUUCUAAUUAUUAUUACGAUAUACAUUCUCACAUUUAAGAUAAUGUUUAAAACGUACAAAAAGAAUCAGUGUAAUAACCUCCGUCCCCCAUUAUGGUCUGGAGUAAAUUCAAAACAGACCAAUGUUAUCAAAGACAGCGUAUACGAACCUUGCGAAAUACCGAUCAAUGAAUCAGAAUCUGAUAAUUCUGAUCAAAUAGAGUCUAAUAAAUCCACAAAACUGCAUUCCAAUAUAUUGAUCGCCUUUGGCCAUAGAAUAUCAAAUAUGUAUAACGCAUUUGGUAAGCCCAAUAAAUUAGAUAAUGAAAGAAGUGACAGAAAACAAUCAUUAAUAAAUGCAGAAGAUUCACAAGAUGACAUGAAUGAAGCAUAUAAAAGUGAUUCUUGUGAGGAACAAGCGGUGAGCAAAUAUCGUGCUGUGAACCAAACUGAUAGCGAAGAUGAUUGUAAAUAUUUAGAAGUCUUGGAUGAUGGUAGUGGAUUCGAUGAUUACGUUUAUUCAAAUAAUGAAAGAUCUACAGUUCUUAAGUUAGUUGGAUAGCGUCAGUUAUAUCGAAUAGUUAAUACGAUAAUAUGUAUAUCUAUGAAGAAGAAAGAUAUUACUUAGAACUGCCAAAAUGAGUAAAUAUUGAUGGAUUAUCAGCUAUAUAGUAGACUAUACAAUAUUUAAUUAAAUUGUCAGUUCUAAUUAUUAUUUUUAUGAUUCGACAUGCCUGUUCACUGCAUUUUGUAUAUAAUAUUUAUUUAUAAAUGUUGAUGUAUGAACAUUUCCCUUUAAGUAUUAUUUUUUACAAAGUUUCUAAAUUUCGUCUAGCUAGUAGUUUUUAAUUAUUGAGGAAUUUAAUGUUAUUCACACUGGACACGAAUAUUUCUAUACAUUUUCUGUAUUUCUAGAAUUUUCUAGACUUUCUAGUUGGAGUCAUUAAUUUUCGAAAAUAUUAUUUAUUUCACCGUUAAGAUGUGUGGAAUAUGAAAACAUUGAAAUAGUGCAAUUUUUUUUAAUUGAUUACUAAAUCCUACAUAAUUAUAAUGAAUAACUAAAUAUUUUUAAUUUGACGUUAAGCUUGAAAAUAUAUAAAACGAAGAUUUUAGGAAGUCUUCGAAGACUCAAUUGGCAUAAUAUGAGUUAAAUUUACAACUUGAAAUUUUAAUUAUGUUACAUAUCCUACUUAAUUCAAUGAAAAUUAUUUAUAAUAUAGUAACUACCUAUCUUAAUAAUUGUAAAUAUAGUUAAAUUGUAAAAUAGAGUUGACCUUAACGAAGAUUUUUAUCAAAUUCCUGCUUUGAUCAUAUAGAUUCCAUCAUUUAAGGUAAACUCCAUUAAGCCAGCAACAAAGCUCCUUUAUUAAUCUUAGUGUUUAAAUUUUAAGUAUUAUUGUUUAAAAGUAGUUUAUUUUAUGACAGACUGUGAACUUAAUAACAAUUGCGCCGUUUACUUAGAUGAUAUUUUUUAUUAAAACUAUUUUCCGUUUGCUGAGCUUUAAGUUUAUCUAAACUACAUAAUAUAUAGAAAAAAAUUACUCUUACGUUUCUAGGCGCAAUUUUACGUAUGUUAAGAGUACAAGCUCAAAUCAUGUUGUGAUAUAGUUAAGAAUUAUGUAUUAUAAGGUUAUAUUGGUGAAAACUAUUAAAAGAAAAUUGAAAUUA